AUGGUGCAAAAGCAAGAUUUGUAUUUGGCUAGAAAGAUUGUCGAAUGUUAUGUUUGCGAGAUGAUCUCUACCCUCAUUUAUAUCCGCGAGCUACUUAAUAUUCAUUCUUGGAUACUUGAAAUAGUAGGGAAAAUUGUUGGUUAUGAGAACAGCAGCUCAGAAUCAGAGGAGAAAAUUGAUGGGAUAAUGAAAGGAAUAGACGACAACCCCUUUUUAUUCAACACUAAUUCAGCAGCCAGUAAGAAGAGAGGCCCUGCUGAUAUUGGCCGUGAGUUAGGUAGAUUAGCUGCAAAAUCCAGGAAAGGAUUAAUGAGAAUCAAAACCAGCUAUGAUUCUCUUCUCAUGUCUUUGAUCCUAUCAUCUGCUGCUUCAGAGGCCAAAACUAAUGCUCAACUCAACGCUCCUUUUGCAUAUUCAGAGUAA